UUUGACCAUUACGUUGCUCUGAAGACUGGUGUUGAUGUUGGUGGGGGGAAUUAUCAUGCAUCCUUGGCAUCUCCAAAGCCCCCAAAUGCGACACUUCCCCACCUGACAAAGCAGCGAUUAAAGUCACGUGAAGUGGCGUCCCGCGUCGCUCUUCCCAGCGGCGUGUUCGUCCCAUUCAGCGGCAGACCUUGAACGUCACCAUCGUCGUCACGAAGUGACUCAGUGGACUCUGUCGCUUGGGUUGCUACUCUAUUAUCGAUGUAAUAUAUCACCCACCUUAUUUUUUACUUUCCAGUCCCUUUCGAAGCAUGGCUUGGGCUCGCAUACUUUGGCAGGUGUACCUGCGAGUAGAGGAUCAUAUCGUCGCCCGAAUCCUCCAAAGCCCCGGCUUCCACCACGGCGUACGGCGCAUCCACCGUAGAGUCGAACAUUUCCGAUACGGGCGCAACCCACACGAAUCACUGCGCCAGGGAGAGGCCUCAGCAGACCCUAGAGAAGGAUACGAACAGGCUAGGAGUUUCUUCAAAUACUUUAUUGACGAGCUCAAGAACCAGGCCAAGGGGAGGCCAACGGAUGUGGCACCCCCACCAGCACCACAUAAGAAGUGA